AUGAUUGAACUUGAAACAUUAUGUCUUCCUUCAUUACGUAAAGAACAACCGAAUCAUGAUACUCUUUUAAAUGUUUUAAAAAACCUCCAACAAUAUUUUUUUGAAAAAGAAACCAAACCAAUUUGGGAGAUGAAUCCUUUAAAUGGAUGCGGGGAAAAAAAUUAUUCAUUGGAUCAAAAGAAUGUCAUCGAAUGGUUAACCAAACUUGUUGCUUCCUCAUUGGAAUGGAUGGUUGAUGAUUCGGAAAGAGAUGAUGUUUUGGAACGCGCAGCAAAAUGCCUAUCUUCCGCUUGCGGAAAAGUUGCAUCCGGGCCAAUCGUUAGGGAAUGGCGGUUUUUAUCACAGGCUGAUAAUGGUCAUUCUGUCAUAUUGAAAAUACGUGAUACAACUUUGCUCGACGAUGAUGUUGGUUUCAAGACAUGGGGUGCCGCUUAUUUAUUAGCAAGACGUUCCACAUCAGGAUUUGCUAUGCCGUUGGAUCAACUCCGGUCGAUUCCUAUCCUCGAGAUCGGGACCGGUACGGGGUUGGUCGGUCUGACUUGCGCGAAAUUGGGUUGUCCAAAAGUUAUCUUAACGGAUUAUCAUCCACGCGUUCUCUCUAACGUUGCUUAUAACGUUCAAUCAAAUCAAUUGGAUUCAACUGUACAUGUGGAAAAACUGGAUUGGGAAGAAAUUGCUUAUGGUGAAAAAAAAAGUCCUAUUUCAGAUAAUAUAUCUCGAGAAAAAUUUGAAAUCAUUGUCGGUGCAGAUAUUGUGUAUGAAAUUCCGCAUACCGAUUGGAUACCUAAAGUGAUAAAUCAUUUUUUAUUACCAAGGGGAAUUUUUUAUUUAACGAUUCCUCUUCGUUCAACUCAUACUAAAGAAGUUACGUUGUUUGAAAAACGAAUGUGUGAACAUGGAUUUAUUAUUAAAAGGAGUGAAGAAGAACGAGGAUUAGAUGAUUUCAGUGGAAUGCAAGAGUACAGAUAUUAUGAAUGGAUUAAACUUCGAUAA